GUCCCACCCUCUGGGCGGGCUCGCGGCCGAGGCGUAAACUUUGAUUGGUCAGCAGAGGUGAUGGGCAUGUCAGGCUACGAAGGAGGAGCCGCACUCUAAACUUCCGGGAACGCCAGUUUGCGCGGCCGCUAGGUGGUCGGUUUGGUGGUCUCCUGUGUGGUUCGUCCCGUGGGUUUGAGCAUGGCAGAAGGGGACACCUUGGUAUCAGUGGACUACGAAGUUUUUGGGAAGGUGCAAGGGGUGUUUUUCCGCAAGUACACCCAGGCUGAGGGAAAAAAGCUGGGAUUGGUAGGCUGGGUCCAGAACACUGACCGGGGCACAGUGCAAGGACAAUUGCAAGGACCCAGGUCCAAGGUGCGUCAUAUGCAGGAAUGGCUUGAGACAAAAGGAAGUCCCAAGUCACACAUUGAAAGAGCAAACUUCAACAAUGAGAAAGCCAUCUUAAAGUUGGAGUACUCGGAUUUUCAAAUUGUGAAAUAAUGGCCUGAAUUUAAAUUUCCCAAGAUAAAUUAAUUAUUUUUGGUUUUUAUUGUUAGUAAAUGAACUAUUCUGUGUUCAGUAUAAGAAUUUGUAAGUUUUUUUUUCCAGUAGGUUAUUUUAGUACCAAUAGUUGAUAUUGUUGAUACAGUUGACUGUUAUGGUGUAUGUGCAAUGGAAGGAUUAUAGUUGUACAGUUCUAAUUAAUAAAAACACAUUAGAACCUUC